UUUUUAGAAAAAGAAUCAUAAAAUUUCUAAUUAUUAAUAUUAAAUAGGCGUCUUUUUUUUCUAAUAAAAAGUCAUUUAAUAUUCUUAAACAAAGUAAAAUUAUAAAAAUGGGAUCUUUAGAAGAUAUGAUUCCACUUUUAAACAAGCUUCAAGAUCUUGUGUUUAAUACUGUUGGAACAGAUAGUAUUGAUUUGCCUCAAGUUGUUGUUGUUGGAAGUCAAUCAAGCGGUAAAAGCUCUGUCUUGGAAAAUAUUGUCGGUAAAGAUUUUUUGCCUCGUGGAUCAGGAAUUGUGACUAGACGUCCUUUAAUAUUACAGCUUAUUAAUAUAUCUCCUGCGGCAAAUACUAAAACAAAAGGAUUUAUAGAUAAAGAACAAGAAUGGGCAGAGUUUUCUCAUAAUCCAGGGAAGCGAUAUACACAAUUUACAGAAGUUCGCAGUGAAAUUGAAAAUGAAACGUUUAGAGUUGCAGGAAAUAAUAAAGGAAUUAAUAGAUUGCCUAUUCAACUUAAAAUAUUUUCUCCUUAUGUUUUAAAUCUUACAUUAGUGGAUCUUCCAGGAUUAACAAAAAUUCCUGUUGGUGACCAACCAUUAGAUAUUGAACGUCAAGUACGUUCUCUUAUUCAAGAUUAUAUUGCAAAACCAAAUUGGUAACUUUUUUCAUAGGAAUAUAUUAAUAUUGGUUAAGUAAAUAAAAUAGUAUUAUUUUGGCAGUAACUCCUGCAAAUGUAGAUUUGGUUAAUUCAGAAUCCUUAAAACUUGCACGCCAGGUUGAUCCUCAAAGAAAAAGAACAAUUGGGGUUCUUACAAAACUUGAUUUAAUGGAUCAUGGUACCAAUGCACUUGAUAUUUUAUUAGGGCGUGUAUAUCCUUUGAAACUUGGAUUCAUUGCAGUUGUUAAUCGUAGUCAGCAAGAUAUCAUAACAAAUAAAAGCUUAAAAGAUUCAUUGCGUUUUGAACGUGAUUUUUUUUGUAAUCAUCCUAUAUAUAAAAACAUAUCACAUUUAUGCGGUACCCCAUAUCUUGUUAAAUCUUUGAAUAUUAUUCUUAUGCAGCAUAUACGAGAAAAACUUCCUGAUAUAAAAGCAAAGCUUAUAACACUUAUGGAACAGACACGACAAGGGAUUUCUUCUUCUGAUAGUCAAUGUCUUAUAGCAAAAAAUAAAGGUUCUGCUUUACUUUACCUUAUAAAUGGAUUUUCGAAUGCCUUUAUUUCUUCUAUUGAUGGAUCAUCUUCUGAAAUUUCAACAAAAGAGCUUUGUGGUGGAGCUAGAAUUUAUUACAUAUUUAAUAAUAUUUUUAAACAUGCUUUAAAUAUGAUUGAUCCAACAGAAAAUUUAACUGUUCAAAAUAUUAGAACUGCUAUUAGAAAUUCAUCUGGUCCUCGAUCGUCUUUGUUUGUUCCUGGUCUUGCUUUUGAUAUUCUUGUAAAACCUCAAAUUAAAUUGCUUGAAAUACCAAGUCGGAGAUGCGUUGAACUUGUUUAUGAAGAAUGUGUAAAAGUAUGUUAUGCAUGUUGUAAUAAUGAACUUGAGAGAUAUCCACGACUUCAAGCUAAGCUUGUUGAAAUCAUGUCAGAUUUAUUAAGAGAACGACUAGAACCUACAUCUAAUUAUGUUGAAAGUUUAAUACUAAUUCAAAUGGCAUAUAUAAAUAUUGAUAAUCCAAAUUUUGUUGAUAGAAUGGGUUUGAUUUCUUCUAUUUUUCAAGAUUCUAAUAAAGACAAAAAAAAUAUAAAAGCAGAUAAAAAAGAAACAGAUAAUAAAAGAAGGGUAUCUGGAAAUAUAAUUGCGACUAAUGGGAUAUUGGAAUCUUCACGAUCAGUUCCUAAUGAUUUAACUAAUAACAUAGUACAAAAUAAUACGUGUUCUCGUGAAACAGGAGUUCCUGGUUUUGAAUUAAAUAGUGAUUUCGCUUUACAAAGUGGGAUAUUUUCAAAUUCAAUAGGACAUAUUAAUUCAUCUGAUAUUAAGGAACUUUUUUUUAAUUUUUUUAGCAAUGAUAAAAAAGAAUAUACAAAAACCCCACGGUCAUCAAUUCCAUUUUCAGAAAAAGACCUGAAUACACUUAAAUAUCCAGAUAAUUCUAUUUCUCAUGAUAUAGUAUCUCUAAAUAAAGAUUCUUUAGAUAUUGUUGAUAGUGAUUAUGAUGAAAAUAUGACUGAAAGACAACAAUUGGAGGUUAAUUUAAUUCGUAGUUUAAUAAUAUCCUAUUUUAAUAGUGUACGAGAAACUAUUCAAGAUCAAGUCCCAAAAGCUAUUAUGCAUUUUCUUGUGAAUUAUUGCAAGAAAUGCCUCCAAAACAAGCUUGUUACUGAAUUGUAUAGAGAAGAAUUCUUUGAUGAUCUACUUUAUGAAGAUGAAACAUUGACGAUGGAACGAGAAAAAAUUCAGAAGCUGUUAAAUGUAUAUAAACAAGCUUUGAAAUAUAUUAAUGAAAUAUUAUGAAUUAUUGUAAAUUAGG